UUUAUUUAUUACUAUUUUCAUUUUAAAAUUUUAUUAUAUUUAAACCGGAUAUCCGAUAUGCGCACUCUAGUGUUCACUGAGGUGAGGAACGUUCUUUCUGUUCAUGGCUUGUGAUUAUUUGUCACAAUGAAGCUGAACGUAUCUUAUCCUGCAACAGGAUGUCAGAAAUUAUUUGAAAUCUCAGAUGAACAUAAACUUAGAAUUUUUUACGAAAAGCGCAUGGGCGCUGAAGUUGAAGCUGAUGCUUUAGGUAACGAAUGGAAAGGAUAUGUUGUUCGCAUUUCUGGUGGUAAUGAUAAACAAGGAUUUCCUAUGAAACAAGGUGUUUUAACAAAUGGACGUGUGCGUUUAUUACUUUCAAAAGGACAUUCAUGCUACAGACCUAGACGUGAUGGCGAGCGUAAACGUAAAUCUGUUCGUGGAUGCAUUGUUGAUUCUAACCUCUCAGUACUUGCACUUGUUAUUGUCAAGAAGGGAGAAAAAGAUAUUCCAGAUUUAACUGACAAAGAUGUUCCACGACGCUUGGGACCUAAAAGAGCAAGUAAAAUUCGUAAACUGUUCAAUUUAUCUAAAGAAGAUGAUGUACGUCGAUUCGUUGUAAAACGACCAAUUCAGAAAGAAGGUAAACCAGCACGUUCUAAAGCUCCCAAAAUACAACGCCUUAUUACCCCACUUACUUUACAGAGAAAAAGACAUCGAUUGGCUUUGAAGAGAAGGCGUAGUUUGGCUCGCAAACAACAAGCAGCUGAAUAUGCAAAAUUAUUGGCACAAAGACAAAAAGAAGCAAAAAAUAGACGCCAAGAAGAGUUAAAACGAAGAAGAAGUGCUUCUAUGCGGGAUUCUAAAUCAUCCAGUCAAUCAGCACCUACCACUCAAAAAUAAAAUGAUUAUAAUGAUGUAUUUGCAAUUAAAUAAAAAAACUUUAAUUUA